AAGCUAGCUGUCACUAAAGACAAAGUAUAUGUAUAUAUCAACACUGCAUAUAUGCAGAGACUUGUUUCGAGAGAGGAGUAACAAAAGGGGUUAUUUUCUCAAUUUGAAGAUGUUGGCCGAAACAGAUUUCUUCAGCUGCUCCUCACAAUCUCUAGCUGCUAAUGAUAUUCUUCCCUUUUCCUCUCAUCUCAUAAGCAAUCCUGAAAGAGGCGUCACUUACAGCUGUGGAUCGUGUGGAUAUGAGUUGAACCUCAACUCUUGCAAUCGGAAUACUCGAGUCAUUGGAUCAAAAUAUGGGAAAACAAUGAGGAGAGGGGUACUCUCAUUUUUAUGCAUUGAUGAGAGCAGAUUUACUCAGAUAAGUAAACUUAGAUGCUCACCUUAUUUUAGGUCCAAAAACUCGUGGGGUUUCUUUAAACAACAUACUAAACUUUUGUGUCGCAAUUGUAGUAGUUACAUUGGUAUUGCUCAUAUAGAAAAUACUACUAAUAAUAAUACAAGUGCUGCCUCUCUUGCCAGGAAAAAUAUUAAUGUGAAGUCAGGAUCAGAUGCAACACCUAAUUGGGAUGGGCUCUCAGCUUGUACAACUAAUUAUGACAUCAAGAUAUGUGCUUUAAGGCCAUCUGUUGCUUUUCUUUGACAGAGUCAUUCUGCUGCUCAAGUUUCAAAAGAUGGACACUUCCUUCUACUAUAUGAUGAUUCUUAUUCAUUGUUUGUCAAAAUGUAACUAAGAGUGUGGGAAAGUGUGCUUUACUAGAAAAUGUUUCUCUAAGUGUUGGGUGUAAACGUCAAGUGCGGGUAUGUUUUUGUGGUCGUUGAUUUUUGUAAUUAUUAUAGCAUGUAUUACCAUAAAACCGAUGCUGUCUUA